UCAGCCCUAAUAGAGCAGGGUAGUGGUAGUAGUGGUAUUUGUGAGUUAGGUUAGUUAGUAAGAGGCUUGUUGUAUGUUUACUGGCUUAUGAGUGAACUCAUGACGCACUGCAACAGUAGUUAAUGAAACCAUUUUUUUACCAGUUUCUAUUCUAAAACCAUGUAUAGAGACAGAGUGCUGCACAAGAAGAACAGAAAAGACUUUCUACCUUAUUUUCUAGGACUAGUUUUAGUUUUCUAUUGCACGGUUCAUCUUGUGUCUUUCACUGCAGCAGCAGCUCAGGAGGACUCCCAUUCCAACAGAGUGCGCCGGGCGCUGGAGAAUGAGACAGAGUGUAUUACAACGCAGUCGUCUGAGUUUCCAGAGGGGUUCUUCACACUACAGGAGAGGAAGGAUGGAGGACUCCUCAUACACUUUAUGAUCAUAUUUUACAUGCUGCUGGCAGUUGCUAUAGUCUGUGACGACUACUUCCUACCUUCUCUAGAACUUAUCAGUGACCGUCUGGGUCUAUCUCAGGACGUAGCAGGAGCCACCUUUAUGGCAGCAGGCAGCUCUGCUCCUGAAAUGGUCACUGCCUUUCUGGGUGUGUUUGUGACAAAGGGAGACAUCGGUGUGAGCACCAUCGUAGGAUCAGCUGUCUACAACCUCCUGGGGAUCUGUGCUGCUUGUGGACUCCUGACCAAAGUGGUGGGUCGUCUGACCUGUUGGCCUCUGUUCAGGGACUGUCUAGCUUACGCCAUCUCUAUCUCUGCUGUUAUAGCCAUCAUUUCAGACAACAAAGUCUACUGGUAUGAUGCAGCCUGUCUGUUGCUGGUCUAUGGGGUGUACAUCGUAGUGUUGUGUUUUGACCUGAGGAUCAGUGAGUGUGUUCUGAGGAGGUUCAGCCCCUGCUGUACUUGCCUGGGGAAAGGUUCCGGGGAUCACAGCGAGACACAGCCAUUGGUUGACACCACUCUGAGGGUCCACAGACGUUCUAGAAGCGACAGCGGAAUCUUCCAGGAUGAUUCAGGAUACUCACACAUUUCCCUCAGUCUGCAUGGCCUGAAUGAGAUACCAGAGGACCACAAGAGUGUGUUCUCAAUGCCAGAGAAUGACCUGAAGCGAAUCCUGUGGGUGCUGUCCCUCCCGGCCAUCGUGAUUCUCUACCUGACGAUUCCAGACUGCAGGAGACGGUUCUGGAAAAAAUGGUUCAUGUUCACCUUCUUUAUGUCCGCUGUCUGGAUCUCAGCCUUCACAUACGUACUGGUCUGGAUGGUCACUAUCGUAGGAGAGACUCUGGGUAUCCCAGACACAGUGAUGGGCCUGACUCUGUUAGCUGCAGGGACCAGUAUACCAGACACAGUGGCUAGUGUCAUGGUUGCCAGAGAAGGUAAAGCCGAUAUGGCCAUGUCCAACAUCGUGGGUUCUAAUGUUUUUGACAUGCUGUGUCUGGGUCUUCCCUGGUUCAUUAAGACAGUGUUUGUGGACACGGUCAACCCUGUGGAGGUCAACAGCACCGGUCUGGUUUUCAUCUCCGCCACCCUCCUCCUCUCCAUCGUCUUUCUCUUCGUGGCGGUCCAUAUAAACGGCUGGAAGCUGGACUGGAAGCUGGGGAUCGUCUCUCUGUUCUGCUAUGUUGUUUUUGCCACUCUGGCCAUCCUCUACGAACUGGGCAUCAUAGGGAACAACCCUGUCAGACUGUGCGGCGAUUGAUACACUGAUAAACACACAGAGAUGUACAACAACACACACGGCAGCACACACACAGCGCUGCUGCAGGCCGCACUCAUCAGACUGUGUAGUGUCUGAGCGGCAGCGAUGGAGUCCACACUGCAGCCCUCCCCAGAACCAGACCACCCAGAACCAACCUCUUUGACACAUAGACCAUUUAUACAGAACCCAGAUACAGGGCACAGAUUCACAGAGUACUGAUAUAGGAUCAGGUCCGCCCUGUCCACGUCCUCUUAUUCAUUAUGAUCUAAAUCAGUGGAAUUCGAAGUUGGGUCGCGACCCCACUAGCAGUUGGGUUUGUGGACAGAUUAGGAGUGUUGGAUCACCAAAUUCAAAUACAUUUUUUUUAACAAAAAAAUAACAGUACAAAUUAUUGUAUGGGACACUAUACAAACAUUUUUGAGAAAAAUAAAAUUGUAUCGAGUAAAUGUAUUUAUUGGUUUGUUUUUGUUUCGAUAAGAGAUGAAAAUACAAUGAAUGGAAGGUUAUUUGCUGAUGUAUUGGUGGAGUCGCGAGAAAUGGUGAAAAAAAUGUGGUCCCCACUGAAAAAGUUUGAAUACCGCUGAUCUAAACACUCCUACUGACACACUUUAUGAAUACAGGCCCAGGACUGGGUGCCAAGACCAGGAUCCAAGAUAAAGGCUACAUCUCAAAUGACACCUUUCCCCAAUGUAGGUCUCUGGCCAAAAGAAGUGUAAAUAAAUGUAGGGUAGGGGUACUCAACUCUGACCCUAUGAGGUCUGGAGCCUGCUGCCUUUCUGUUCUACCUGAUGAUUAACUAUAGCCAUGCCGAAAUCAUUUCCUGAUUAGAUCAAAUGCAGUGGAACUGGCUUCAAUGUCCAGAGUUGAGUUUGACGGGUGCAGGGUGUGAUUUGAGAUGCAGCCCCACGCAGACUCCAUACUACCUGUGAGAAUGACCCAGCAACACUGCCUUUCACCUCUGACCUCUAACUCAGGGAAAUAAAGCUGCUUUGUAAUAUUCUACUGGACUCCUCUGACCUUAUCUGGUCAUUACCAGAGAGGAAGAGGCAAAACGAGAGGGAUAACGAGAGGGCCAAAAAUCUGUCUCCAGCAGGUGGCAUUUACUUCAUUUUUUUCACACAAGCCAAGUUUCUGUUUGGAGGUUUGUCAUAUUUGGUCAACAGAAAAAUGGAACGGCCUUCUUGCUACAUGAGGUUAAUUUGAUCAAAUAGUAAUUUCGCAAUGCUUAAGUUAUGAGUGUACUGAUAUAAGGACACAUGACUUCCCAGCAACUUUAUAUAAGAGUUGUGCCUGUUCACAAGUGUUUCUGCCCUCUCAAUGGCUAGAAUGUUCCCAGCUGAGCUUGCCUCCUCCCAGCUAGAAUGUUCCCAGCUGAGCUUGCCUCCUCCCAGCUAGAAUGUUCCCAGCUGAGCUUGCCUCCUC